CACCAGCAAGUUCGGUUUCGUCCGCAGUCACGUGAUGACGCAAGGGUCACAUGACGUCUGCUCAGACGCAGCAACAAACCGAAAAUUUCACUAAUCCUGGGUUUUCUUCUGUCUUAGGUCAACAAAUCUCAACUCCACACAACUGCAGGCACUCUCAAAUACACACUCAAACAGGUCAUAUAAUCAAGUCUGGGUCAGCAGAGUCGCUGCAUAUGGAGGUAGAGGGGAUGGAAGAUGAAGGACCUUCGUCCCAGAGUGAACUUCCACAGAGUGAAGAUCUCCACUUGGUACAGCAGGGGUCUCUGCAUCUGGAGAGCUCAGCCCCCGUAGAGAAUGUGUUUGUGGAUAAGAAAGCAGUGGACAAACUCACAGAGGGAUUACUCUCUCACUACCUACCAGAUCUACAGAACUCUAAACGAGCGCUUCAAGAGCUCACACAAAAUCAGCUGAUAUUGUUAGACACACUGGACCAAGAAGUCACCAAGUUCAGAGAAUGUAAUGCCUUACUCGACCUCAAUUCACUGUUUACAGAGGCGAAGGUUUACCACAAUAAACUGGUGAACAUAAGGAAAGAGAUGAUUAUGCUCCACGAAAAGACAACUAAAUUAAAGAAAAGAGCUUUGAAGCUGCAGCAGCUGAAGCAGAGGGAGGCACUGGAGAAGGAGCAGCAACGUGAGAAGGAGCUGGAGAGAGAGAGGCAGCUUAUCGCCAAACCUGCUAAAAGAACGUAGGAUCUCCCAAGUUCUGUAUGCCUGCUGUAUUAAAGGACCGUACAGGUGGUUUUGCAUGUUUUGGCCUAUUUAUUACUUAUUAACUAUACAUCACAUUACUGCUGACCAUUUUCCAAAGUGCAGAUUUUUUUUUUUACUUUACCUUUAUUUGGCAGAAAACAGUAGAAAAUCAGACAUGCACUGGGACGGCAGUGAACAGAGGAGAUAAGACACAGCUACGAUUUCCAACCACCUCACUCCUGGGGUUUUUGUGGUCAUGAUAUAUGCUUCUCAGGCUCCAACAGCCCAAUGUGUUUCUCUGCCAUCCUGACAGCCAUUAAAAUCUACUUGAAGCAUGCUUGCUCUAAAUUAUUGCACAGUGCCACAGUUUAGACAGUAAAAGUAGAGAUGAUUUUAUUGCUUUAUUGCUUAUCUCAAACAAACAGGUUCAAAGUGCAGGGCAUUUUAAUUGCAAUUUUGACAUCAGAAAUUUGAGUCCAGGUGUCCCACCUGUUCAAACCUGCUGUUAGGAAUUAUAUGACAUUAUUAAGAUAAAACUGAGAUUAAGUUUAGACAUAUUUUUUGUUUGUCUUUGUUUGAAAAGUGUUACAGAAAAGUCUGUAAAUAUCUGUUCUAUCAUUUACCUGACUUUUUGGUUGUUAUCUGAUAGCUUAACUCCUGUUGUUUCUUAAUUUACAUGGCGAAUCCACCUUUAUACCUACACUGCAGCAGGAACCAAACUCAGAGCAAGCCAGUCUUUAUUGAAAGAAAUGGACACAGUUGCUGUUCAAAAGUCCAUAGAGAAAUCUUAAAGACAGCAAUAUGCUUUGGAAAAUGGUUCACUUCUCAUAGACAGUGUAUGUGAUCCUUAGUAAAGGGGCUAAAACUUGCAAAAAUUGAUCCUUUCUUUCUGAGAUUGCCAAGAUCACCACAAACCAAAGACAUGGACUAAAUCGUUGAAUGCUGGUAUUUUCCACUAUCAACCUCUGAUGACACAAACUCAAGCACUUCCCAGAGAGUGGAACAAAUUACUCAAAGACACUUUUGCAGCCAUCAGACAAUGUCCAGGAGGAGAGUCGGUGUGUUUGCUGUCUUUUGUUAAAGUAUUAAUAUAAGUUGUUGUUCCUGGGUUUCAGGCCCUGUUAGUGUUGAAUGUUAUAUUGUAACAGGUAUGUUGUUUAAAAUUUCAAAUAGGUCUGCACUAAAUUUGACUGACUGUAUGUCUGGGGUCUAGAUAAUAUGAUAAUUGAUGAUAAUAUGCACCAAACGUUGCCCACACCAUACACAGCAUCUGUAAAUUUGUGAAACAGACCUUCCAAGAGGCUUCUAUGCACUACCUACACCUGGUUUGUACCAUUAAUAAUAAAAGCAAUACAAACUG